AGAAUUUGCGCCAAAUAAAUGGUCGCUCGUCACUCUGUCUUUUUCUUCUUGACCAUCUUCCCCCAUGUCGUCCGUCCCUCCAGUUCGCUCGUCGCCUCCGUCGACGGAGACUCUCACUCCCCCCAUCACACCAAAGCUCAAUGGCGACGCUAACUCACAGCUCCCAAAGAAGUUCAUUGAGGAUCCCGAGCACGUCCCUGCCGACGCCAACAUUCCUGAUAACUACGUGACGUACACUCUCAAGCACCAAAAGGCUCUUCCUCCAAUCUCCUGGGACAAUUGGUACACCGAGUUGAACUGGUUGCACUUUGCUAUUCUCGCCGGCACGCCUGUCAUUGGUCUCGUCGGCGCGUGCUACACCCGCCUUCGAUGGGAGACUGGCGUUUGGUCGGUGGUAUACUACUACAUGACUGGCCUCGGUAUUACGGCUGGUUACCACCGUCUUUGGGCGCACCGUUCGUACAACGCGUCGAAGCCCCUUCAAUACGUUCUUGCCUUCCUUGGUGCAGGUGCAGUUGAAGGCUCUAUUAAAUGGUGGUCACGAGGACACCGUGCUCACCAUCGUUACACGGACACGGACCUUGACCCGUACAACGCGCACCGCGGUCUCCUAUGGUCACACAUUGGGUGGAUGGUUCUCAGGCCCCGUCGCAAGCCCGGUGUUGCAGAUGUCAGUGAUUUGACAAAGAAUGAUAUUGUAAGGUGGCAGCACAAAUACUACCUGACCCUCGUCGUGGUUAUGGGCAUCAUCUUCCCUACUGUUGUGGCUGGCCUUGGCUGGGGCGACUGGAAGGGCGGCUAUGUAUAUGCUGCUAUUCUGCGCCUUGUCUUUGUUCACCAUUCCACGUUCUGCGUCAACUCGCUCGCUCAUUGGUUGGGUGAAACGCCAUUCGAUGACAAGCACAGUCCACGUGACCACCUUGUCACUGCCCUCGUCACCAUCGGUGAAGGAUACCACAACUUCCACCACCAGUUCCCGAUGGACUACCGCAAUGCCAUCAAGUGGUACCAAUAUGACCCUACAAAGUGGUUCAUUUGGUCGUGCCAGAAGCUUGGCCUCGCAAGCCACCUGAAGUCCUUCCCUGACAAUGAAGUUCGCAAGGGUCAGCUUACCAUGCAACUCAAGCGCCUUCGCGAGACGCAAGAGACUCUUUCAUGGCCUUCGGAUAACAGCGACUUGCCCGUCAUUUCCUGGGAGAGCUAUCUUGAACAAGCCAAGAGUCGUCCGGUCAUCUGCAUUGCUGGCUUUAUCCAUGAUGUUUCAGACUUCCUUGAGGAUCACCCAGGAGGCCGCCACUUGUUGACGAAAAACAUUGGCCGAGAUGCCACAACGGCGUUCUUUGGAGGUGUUUAUGACCACAGUAACGCCGCACAUAAUCUCCUGGCGAUGAAGCGUGUCGGCGUUCUUCACGGUGGAGCUCCACAUGGCCUCGAGGACAAGACCAUCCCUCCAAGCCAACGUCUCCGCAUUGCACGAUACAACGAGAUUGGCGGCAGCGGUUACAGCUCCGCAGCUCUCUCUGAUGGCGAGGGUCUCCACGGAUGAUCAUAUUCCCAACCCUAGAUGCGUAUUCAUUGGCAGGAUAGAAUUUUCAGACUUUCACAUUCAGAGCACUCCCGCACAAGAUUGACUUUUGACUUUGCAUAUAGUCGCUUGCAUUACCGGCUGUGCCAUAAAAAGCAUGUUGACCCCGUUUUCCCUGUUUCUCUUCAUACGAUACGAACGCCCACUCUUACGCUUUGUGAUGUUUGCGAUGGUAAUACGAAGGGAGAAUGUAAGAUAUACAUACUUGGGUGCAUACGCCUUUAUGGUUGAACUGGGUUGUUAUCACGCAUACUUUGACAUUAUUUUGAUAUCAUGUAUGCGCAUUGGCCAGACUGGUGCAGCCCAAGCUAAACAAACAAUAGCAAACACUUGUCUGACCAUCAA